AUGGGUUUUUGUUACGCUUUCAAUUCAAAGCACGCGGAGAGAUCAUGGCCAUGGCAAGUGCAUACCGACAACGACCAGUUUACAGCGGCUUACAUUCACGAGACGGAUUCCAAAUGGUCGUUUCUGUUUAAUUCGUUUCGAAAUACUUCGAUAGUCGAUAUCUACAUUCAUUCAACAGAAGAAAUGGCAGGAUUAGAACAAAGCGCCCAACUUUCAUGGGACCAUAGUGUAGAGAAACUUUCAUUCUCAGUUAAACACACGUACACAACGGCGGACGCAAGGCAGUUGUCGAUUCGACAACGUCGAUGUAUUUUUGCCGACGAAGUGCAUUUAGAAACAUCCUCAAUUUAUACUUAUUCAGCGUGCAUGCGACAAUGCCGUAUGCGAAGGAGCCGCUCUUACUGUAAAUGUGUGCCGCAUUUCUAUCCAAAGACAAAAGGUUAUAGACAAUGUACAGUACGCGAAUUACAAUGCAUCGCAAAGUAUGCAGCAGAGAUUACGGACGUGACGCAAUGCUCGUGUGAGCUUGGUUGUUCGCAUACAGUGUACGAAGUGGAAAAACUAACUGAGAUUGACACAAGUAAAGAUCCUGCAACCUCUGACUCAUUGGAGACUGAGUUUGUAUCGUGGCCUAUGGUGCGAUAUAAACGUGAAGUGCUGUUCGGUUGGGUUGAUUUAUUGGUAUCCUUCGGUGGUAUUGCGGGACUCUUCCUCGGAUUUUCACUUUUGUCUGGAGUGGAGCUAGUGUACUAUUUCACUUUACGAGCGUGUUGCUCGGUUUGGAGGGAUGCUGAUAUGUUGCGUCGCGAGCGCGCCGAAAGAUUAUCACGACCAAAGCCACCUUAUAACCUUAGUCUUGUACCUUGGUGGAAACAACCUCCAGAGUCUCAAGAAGUUCAACCGAUUAAACUAAAUGUGAAAUAUGUGCAGCCUCCACAAUAUUCCCCACCUCCAGGAUACACUGAUUAUCUACCGUGA